CUCUGAAGCCAUGGACAUUGUAGCAUUUCCUCGUUCUCAUACUCAGUUGACACUGAAUGACCCUGUGUCCCCCAAUACCCUGUGGAGAAGGAGGGAAAAUGUUUCUCCGGUUCGUAGACAAUUUACCAUAUCCAUGCCAUGGCCCCCCAAAGCAAAUGAUCUGAAGAGACAAACAUUUUUACCAGAAAUCCAAGGAAAUGCACGUCAUUCUGAGAAAAAAAUCCAUUCAGUAUCUUUUUUAACGAAGCAAAAGUCAGGUGCACAUACCCCGGUCAUAAAAAGACAAAAUUCUUUGAAAUCUGGUACUAAUUCAUACAGCUUAAGAUCUGAUUCUGCACUGUCUAAUGAUGUCAUGGAUAAUUCCCGGACCUUCCAAAUUUUGAAUGACAAUAAAAAUUUAAAUACCUCGAUCGAUCGAUUAGGGUUUAAAUCCAUUCAGCGGAACGUCGAUAUAAAAUGCGAACCCAGAGCAGACUUCCCAAUACACAGUUUCAUACCGGGGGAGAGAAGAGGUCCUUUAAACCAGAGUACGGGCAAACAUUUCCGAAUCAUUAGAGUACUAUACAACACUAUGGCUUCAUUAAAACUGGACAACAGGCAAGAGCUGGCCUCUAACGACCAUGCACGGCAUCACAACAAAAGGCAACAACAGUGGAUACGUAGCGAACAAGUGAAAAAUUGGAGAAGAUCGUCAGUGAAUAAAGCUUCCAAAAAGACUGGUUACACCAGUGGUAGUUCGUCUGGACAGAAGUCUGACGUGAUCAGUGGCAACUCUGACGAUACAAUUCACACAACCUCCACCCAAGGAGAGAAUAACCACAUCUUCGAAAAUCCCAUGGAUGCUGAAAUGAAAGAAAGUUUUCACAAAUGUCUGAAAUGGAUGGAAAAUUUACCGGAAAAAUUCUCCGGAAUGCACAUUUUUACCCCAUCAGUUAGUGAUUGAAAUCCUAACAAUAGGGAUUUUUAGUGUAGCCGAAUUUCCCAAAUGGAGCUUUAUUAUAGUAUCCUAUAAUGGGCAAGCGCUCCAAACCCAGGAAUCAGCAGGUCUGAUUUAAAAACGAAGGUUUGGUCUUCCACGUCCUGAAGACGAAGCCUGUGCCUCCUCCUGCCAGAAGAAAGCACGGUGCUAAUUCAUCCGAACAUCCAAAACAGUGAUUGCUGGAAGAAAUCUGUCAACUAUGCUAAAGAUUUCGGACAAAGUUGGAAAAUAUAAGCUUUUAUGAUUUAUUCGAACAAUCAAAACAUUUUAUGUACUUAUUUAGCUGACACACAAUUCCGAUUGGAUUUGAACGACGGUUCGACACUGCAGGGACAUACAUAUACCUAAUGCUAGUCAUGACUGUUAAUUAAUUAGCCAUGGAAUUUUCAUAUAUUUUUUUCAUAUUUAUCAUUUCAUACAUAUUAAAUAUCUUCCAUGUGCCAAACUUAAAUCAAAUUAUUUACUUUAUUGUUAUCCUUUUUUGUUCUCACGUGUUUGACCUGUUGAAGUAUAAUCAAAUUUGGACUUGUAAAUUUAAAUUAACAUUUUAAGCUGGUCUAUUUUGAUACCACGUAUCAAUUUAUAAUUAUUUACGAUUCUGUUGGUAUUUUCACAUAAAUAUUUCACUGAAUGUUUGCUGAUAAAACUUACAAAGUAACAAUGUGAUAACGUUCAAUUUCUGGAGAACAGCUCCAAUUUCUGCUGACGCUGUUCCAAUAUUUUUCUCCGAUUGCUUUAACAACAAUGUCUUACUUCAAUCACUGCUGUGAUAAGUAUGUUAUAUAUGUUGAUUUGAUUGUUAAAUGUAAUAAAUGUUAUAUACGUUUCAA